AUGAGCUUACUUCCAUACAGAAAUCUGGGUAGUUGCUUCAUAAACGGAGCCAAUGAGGGGUUAAAGGAACGAAUGACAUUCAUGUUGCAGCCAUCGAGAAUUGUGAGAAAAUCUAUAAAGUACUGCGCGCAGCACCUGACUACAAUUACCUCACACAUAAUCUUUAUCUUUUCUUUUGUAAUGUCCUUGAACGUGCUACAGCUCAAGGAAAACUACGGUCGUGAGCUACAGAAGAAUAAAGGAUUUAUUCCCUUUGAUCUAGAGCCUGGAGAACACAUCAAAUUUGCAACGAAAACCGCAAGACAAACCUUAGUUUUGACCCUGAAGUCAGGUCAAAAAUCUCCCGGUAUCAAUAUCAGUGCCAAAGAUGGAUAUUUGUACCUUACAAACCAACGACUUGUUUAUGUGACUUCAUCUCAAGGAGAUAUUAAUGACUUUUCAAUCACCAUCAAAUCACUACCAAACUUACAAUUCUCUCACUCGAUAAAAUCUCCCUGGUUUGGUGCCAAUUAUUGGCUGUUUUUGUACCAUUCAGCUGGCUUGAAUGGUGCAAUUGCAGGAGCCGAAUGGGUUGAAGGUUCUGUCAAAUUUUUGGAUGGUGGCCUCUUCGAGUUUGUUAAUUUGUUCGAUACUGUGGUGAAUAACGAGGUUAUCAACCACGAUAUCGACGAGGAGUUACCUCGCUAUAGUGAAGUGUAA